UUUUGACAGAAAGUGCAUUUUCCAAUCGCGAUUUUGUGGCCUCAAUGGGAAUCCUAGACGAUGAACAAUCGCCUUCCUUGAUCGACAGCUCCACUUCCAACUGCCAACCCCAAUUGAGCCCUCUCGUCUCCUCCAUUUUUAUGUGAGAUUAGGGCUUGAAGAAAAGUUUAGCUUCUAGAAUGGCCAGGAUUAGGGAUUUCAUAGCUUGAGAGAUCGACGGCCGUCUCCUCAUUCCCUACUCGUCUCCCUUUCUCAACAUCAAGCCCACGAAGUUCAAGAGAAACCCCUGAAAGUUGCUUCUCCCUUGCUGUCUACAUGGCAGAAUAGCUUGGUGGGUUCCAUCCCGGAGGAGCUCGGGAGUUGUGUGGAGCUCACGGUGGUGGAUUUUCCGGAGAAUCUUCUCACCGGCGCUGUGCCCAGCAAUUUCGGGAAGCUUUGCAAUCUAGCAGAGUGGUGGAGUGGUAGCCGUUCGUUCAACUUACUGUAUGGCAUCCUCUUCUCGUUGAACUUCAAUGUGAGUUUGAUAUGGCUUCCGGAAAAAAAAAGGAAUAGUGGGUUGCUCAUUCGCAUUUCCUGAAUCAAUUGUGGAUUGCUGCUUCAGUUCACUUCCAUUUUCUCACGAGUUUAUGUGAACGAUAGUAACACAUACAGUUUGUGAAUUAAGAAAGUUCCAGAAAUUAACUGGUUCAGGAGACAGUGCAGAAUUCACAUGCUUGCGCUCUGUGAUUGUUGCAGCAGGGAAAGUAUAGUAAUAUAUGUGUAUUACUUCUGAUAUUGAAUUCCUUCCUUUGCAAUGGCUGCCGACAGGAAUCUGUAGUUGUGGCUGGAGCUGUUCGAUGCAUUGAUGAAUUCCUUCCUUUGGCCGGUUUUUCUUCCUGUUCUUUUCAUCAGCCGUGCAACCUAUCAGAAGAAACUUGCCUCAGCUGUUGCUGCUGCUCUAGGACCACUAAGUUUCCCUCUCUUCACUGAAUGGUUCAAUUGAUGGCGCCAUUCCGGUCCUCGACCAGUGUUGACCCAGGAUGGGAACAUGGUAUAGCUCAAGAUGACAGGAAAAAAAAGGUGAAAUGCAACUACUGUGGGAAGAUUGUCAGUGGUGGCAUAUACAGAUUAAAGCAGCAUCUAGCUCGAGUUUCUGGCGAGGUCACUUACUGCGACAAGGCUCCCGAGGAUGUUUAUCUAAAGAUGAAGCAGAAUCUGGAUGGCAGCCGCUCCUCUAGAAAGUCGCGCCUCACAGAAGACGAGGGUCAAACGUACUUAAAUCUCCAUUAUGAAGAUGACGAGGAUUUGGCUGCUCCGGCUAUUGCUGCUGCCGCUGCCUCUGCUCCAGUUGGUCAAAGAACCAAGGGAAAGCAAUUAAUGGCUACUAACGACAGGAGUUUGGCGGUCAACUUCACCCCACCACGGUUGGGUUAUGUUGACCCCGGUUGGGAGCAUGGAGUUGCUGAGGAUGAAAGGAAGAAGAAGGUGAAGUGUAAUUAUUGUGACAAAGUGGUUAGUGGUGGGAUCAAUAGGUUCAAACAACAUCUCGCUAGGAUUCCUGGAGAGGUAGCACCUUGUAGAAAUGCUCCAGAGGAAGUGUACCUCAAAAUAAAAGAAAAUAUGAAAUGGCACCGUACUGGGAAGAGACAGAGACAGCUCGAUUCCAACGGCGUGUCUUCCUUUUGCGAGCAAUCCGAUGAAGAAGAAGAUGAACAAGACCAAGAUGCUCUCGUUCAUUUGAGGCAGGAAAGGUCCACAGUUGGUGAGAAACGACUAAGGAAAGACUGGAAAAUGGGUCUCAGGGGUACGUCUCCAGUUGGUGGUUCUGAAUCAUUCCAAAAGAAGUCAAGAUUGGAUUCCAUUUACCUUAACUCAUCCAACAAUCAGCCACCACCACCAUCUCGCUUAAAAGUGAAGAAUGGGUGGUCUAGAAGAUCCCGUAGGGAUGUUGUUUCUUCAAUUUGCAAAUUCUUUUACCAAGCAGGGGUUCCAAUAGAAGCAGCAAACUCGCAGUCCUUCCAUAGAAUGCUAGAGUUAGUAUGUCAAUAUGGAGAUGGCUUGGUGGGCCCUCGAAGCCAGGUGAUUUCGGGUCGCUUCCUUCAGGAAGAAAUUGCAACUAUUAAGGAACACCUACUUGAGUAUAAAGCAUCAUGGGCAAUCACUGGGUGUUCUAUACUGGCUGAUAGUUGGAUUGAUGUUGAAGGUCGGACACUAAUCAACCUUCUAGUUUCUUGCCCGAUUGGUGUAUACUUUGUUGCUUCAGUCGAUGGUAGCGACAUUGUAGAAGAUGCUUUAAGCUUGUUUAGGGUAUUGGAUAAGGUGGUGGAGGAAAUGGGUGAGGAAAAUGUGGUACAGGUGAUCACUGACAAUACACCGAGUUAUAAGGCUGCAGGAAAGAUGCUUGAAGAGAGGAGGAACCUAUUCUGGACCCCAUGCGCCACCUACUGCAUAAAUCAGAUGCUUGAAGAGUUUCUCAAAAUAAAGUGUGUGGAAGAGUGCAUAAUAAAGGGGCAAACGAUCACGAAACUAAUUUAUAACCGCAUUUGGUUACUAAAUCUUUUGAAGGAAUUUACCCAGGGACAGGAACUUCUGAGGAUAGGUGCCACCCCUUCCGCAUCUAGCUUUGCCACUCUACAAUGCUUGCUGGAUCUCAGAACAAAUAUAAGAAGAAUGUUCCAGUCAAGCAAAUGGGUGUCAUCUGGAAUCUCUCAAUCUGAAGAGGGAAAAGAGGUGGAGAAGAUUGUCUCAAAUGCUAAUUUCUGGAAGAAAGUACAAUGUAUUUGCAAGUCAGUGGAACCAAUAACUCAGGUUCUUCGGAAAGUUCAUAGUGGGGAAAGUCCAUCAAUUCCAUUCAUCUACAAUGAUUUGCAUAGGGCAAAACUUGCCAUUAAGUCUAUUCACGGGGACGAUGCUUGUAAAUAUGGGCCAUUCUGGAGUGUACUAGACAAUCACUGGAAUUCAUUAUUAUGCCACCCACUCCAUUUGGCUGCUUACUUUCUGAAUCCGUCAUUCAGAUACUGCUCCGAGUUUGCCAUGCAUUCGGGGGUGAUGCGUGGAUUAAAUGAUAGCAUUCUUCGACUUGAGCCAGACAACUUGAGAAGGAUUUCUGCAUCUAGGCAGAUACCCGAUUACAAUUCUGCAAAGGGUGAUUUUGGGACAGAAUUGGCAAUCAGCACAAGAACAGAGUUGGACCCAGCUGCAUGGUGGCAGCAACACGGAAUAAGCUGCUUGGAGUUGCAACGGGUAGCUGUACGCAUACUGAGCCAGACUUGCUCCUCAUUCGGUUGUGAGCACUGGUGGAGCAUAUAUGACCAGAUCCACAUCCGGAGGCAGAACCGUCUAUCUAAGAAGCAAUUAGAUGACCUCAUCUUUGUUCACUACAACUCGCGACUCAGAGAGUUGCAGUCGAAUAGAAGUAUGGAUGGAUCAAUAUCGGUGGACAGCUUACUGGCGGAGCAUUUACUCGGGGACUGGAUAGUGGAUGCAGAAAGACAUGGGGUGGGGUUGUUCGAAGAUGAGGGGGUAGAGAAUGGGAUUGGGGGUGAAGAUGGAGACGAGAAAGAAAUGCUGGAUUAUUUCGAUGGAGAAGGUGAGAAAGAAACUCAUGAAAUGGUGAAUAGAGGUGAUGUUAACCCUCCUGAUGCUGGCGCCGACGGCUGUGGCAGUACUGACGAGGAAGAGGAUGAGAAUUUCUUGAACGAGGAUUUGAGCGACGAAAUUCGGAGCUAGCUAGCUAAGAGAGAUGUGGUAAAUAUUGUUGUUUCUUACUUCUAGUCGGGGAAGGGCUAACUUGUUAGUGAUUUCGGGUUCGCUGGUUCAUUUACCUUCAGUCUGUACACUGCAUUGCAUUAGAGUUAGUGAGUUGGUGCUUUCUUCCCUCUUCUGUCGUGUGCAUUCGUUCUGUUUCUCUUUUCAUGAGGGAGUAGUAAUAGCAAACAACAGUUCUGUGCAAGUUCCUUGAUUAGCCCUAAUUCCUGCCUGACGAUCGAGCAAUAAAUUCACAAAUGACUAUUCAAGC